CCCCGGGCCGCGCACAUGGCCGAGGCGCCCGCGCCGCUGCGGCUGAAGGCGUGGCUGCUGGCCCAGGUGGAGAGCGGCCGGUACCCGGGGCUGCGCUGGGAGAACGGCGAGAAGACGCUCUUCCGCAUCCCCUGGAAGCACGCCGCCAAGCAGGACUACUGCGAGCGGGAGGACGCGGCGCUCUUCAAGGCCUGGGCCGUCUACAAGGGGAAGUACCAGGAAGGGCUCGACAAGGCCGAUCCCUCCGUCUGGAAGACGCGCCUGCGGUGCGCGCUGAACAAAAGCACCGACUUCAGAGAGAUGCCCGAGAAAAGCCACCUGGAGGUUUCCGAGCCUUACAAAGUCUAUGAGGUCGUCUGCCCCGACGCGGCCCAAGACACAGAGAAGGAGUCCAGGAAGGAAUCUCCCUUGCAACUGAGCUGUCCCUUGGUGCCAGCGCAGGAAGCGGCCUCAGCCCAUUGCAUGUCAAACAAGGUAAGCGCACAGGUGGCAUCUCUUCAGAUCCUGGCAAUGCACAGCUCAGAUUGCCGGGCCGUGUCAGCCAUCUUCCCUGCUGUGACCAAGACUGUAAGAUUGAUCCUCGCCUUGUGUUCUUACUGGUAUCAUACCGGCUUCCUUGCUGCGCCAUUUCAUGCCAGGUGUAGUUCCAAACUCCAGGUAGUGCACCUAGGUGCCUUCUUCCCAAUUUCACCCACUUUAUUUCCUUCCUUCCAGGCCAAAUCAUCUGAUGAGAAGAGCAAAGAUAACCCAGGGGGUCCUCGGGUCUCCCAGAAGCUGUGCGGUGCAGACCUCCAGGGGCAUCAGGUGAAAGGGUUUUUCUACACCUGGGAUCCAUUGCAGGUCCACCAGCAUCCAAAUCCGGGCUUCGUAAAUCCCAGGUCACAGUUUGUCCCUGGCAAAAGCGUCAACUCAGACUGCUGCCUUCACAUCUGCCUGUACUAUUGCGAUGUGCUGGUGAAGGAGAUGACCACGUGCGCAGCGGAAGGUUGCCGGAUUACCUACCGGCCGGUGGUGGCAGAGAACGAGGACCUUUAUGGCCCCAGCGGCAUGGAGGAAAUCCACUUCCCCCCUCCGCACGUCCUGGGCAGCAGGAAUCAGGAGGCCCAGGCCACCCGGGUCCUGGAGAGGCUGCUCCCCCACUUGCACCGUGGGGUUCUUCUUUGGGUGGCCCCAGAGGGGGUCUUCAUGAAGCGCCAAUGCCAAGGCAGGGUUUACUGGAAGGGGCCACUGGCACCCCACAGGGACCAGCCCAACAAACUGGAAAGGGAGAAGACCUAUCGGCUGCUGGACACGCGGCUCUUCCUCCAGCAGUUACGAGGGUUUCUCAGCCACGGAGAGCCGCUGCCUCAGUACCAGAUCCUCCUCUGCUUUGGAGAAGAGUUCCCUCCGUUCCCCAACCAGAAACUUCACAGGUUCAUCACGGCCCAGGUGGAACCGGUGUUUGCCCGCAAUCUCUGCCUUCACGCCCAGCGGUCCCUCCAGGGCUCUCAGACUUACACACCAGAAGCUCCCAGGAACAUCAUCCAGAUCCUGAAGCCACUGUGUUCCUCUUGACCUACUCUUGGGCAAAGGCAGAAGAGAAGUCAAGUCAAGUCUCCAGUAGGUUUUAGAGUGCUGGGAGCAGAGGGAGUCAUCUCUGCCCAUGCCGCAGUUUGGAGCCUUUAUGGACCCAGAGUUCACAUACUUUCUUUCUUCAUCACUUCUGGAAAUUGUUUGUUAACAGCUUCUGAAGAACCUUCAGAAAGGCAAGUUUCAUUAUACCAGGUGAUUUUCCUUCUAUCUUUGACAAAAGGAGUUUCAUGCAAGUUUAAGGACUUUUAAAAAUGUAUUUUUUU